GAGCCUGAACUCCCAUCGCUAUCUGCAACGUGACGCCACUUCCGGAGCUGAUGUCAUAUCCGUUACCCAUCAGGCCUCUGGUGUCUGGCUGGUGGUUGUUUGGUCAGCUUCAGGAGCGUUUGGUGAAUCCAUUACCUGUGUCCAGUCGUCACUAUGGGUGAAAGAAAAGGAACAAAUAAAUACUACCCUCCAGAUUUCGAUCCGGCCAAGCAUGGAUCCCUCAAUGGCUACCAUAAAACUCACGCUCUGCGGGAGAGAGCCAGGAAACUGUCCCAGGGCAUCCUCAUCAUCAGGUUUGAGAUGCCCUACAACAUCUGGUGUGAUGGCUGCAAAAAUCACAUUGGCAUGGGGGUCCGUUACAAUGCGGAGAAGAAGAAAGUGGGGAACUACUACACCACGCCAAUCUACAGGUUUAGGAUGAAGUGUCAUCUGUGUGUCAACUACAUCGAGAUGCAGACAGACCCGGCGACCUGCGACUAUCUAAUAGUCAGCGGGGCAAACAGGAAGGAGGAGCGCUGGGACAUGGCUGAAAAUGAGCAGAUCCUCACCACAGAGCGGGCAGAGAAGGAGAAACUGGAGACGGAUGCCAUGUUCAAACUUGACCACGGUGGGAAAGACAAGGAGAAGCUCAAGAAGGCUAUGCCAUCUCUAUCGGAGAUCCAAGACUACCAGUCCAGCAAGAAGGACGACUUCCAGCUCAACAGCUCCCUCCGCAGGAAGUUCAGGACGGAGAAGAAAGUUCUGGCCGAGCAGGAGGAGAAGGACAACACAGUGAGGAUGAGGACCAACCUGUCCAUCCCAUUGUUGCCAGAGAAGGAGGAAGACAAGAAACUGGCAGCGCUGCUCACCUACCAGGCGCCCGACUCCUACGACGACAAGCAGCACAGCAAGCGGAAAGAGAUCUCGUCUCGUUCGUGGUUCAGCUCCCCCUCGGCCUCACCGGCAAGCCCUGCAGGCAGUCUGCUCCAUAAGCUCGGCCAGCAGGGGAAAGAGGCAGCGGUGGCCAAAGCCCUGGGCUCGUCACACAGCCCCCUGAUCCGCAGACGCUCAGGAGGACUGGGAACCAGAACCGAACCCUGCGCCACCGUCACUCGCAGACAGUCGCACCCAGAAAUCAACACGUGUGAUGGAGAGAUUUCAACGGUCGCUCAGAGAGAGGAAGCACCGAGUAGAGUGCCGACACAACGCAACACAGAGACUAAUGACAGCGGCUCCGGAGACACGCAUGUUAAAACCACAGAGGAAGCAGAUGAAGGACUGACUAAAGCAAAGGAUUCUGGGAAGGAGAAGGAACAGGGCAGAAGUUUAGGAGCACUCUCGUCCCUGGCGGCGGACUACAGCGACUCAGAUUCAGACCCUGGACAAUGAGGAUGAAUGGAGGUCAUUAUGAGCAGAGUCUGCUACUGGAACAAACCGUGUGGUGGUUUAACUCCCCUCUCUGGUCACAAUGGAAAUAUUUUAGUUUCUAAAACAAAGAUUUUAAGCUCGGUGGCCUGCAGAAUUCAUUAUUAGAAAUGUGUUAUAUGAUGACAGCGAGACUUCCAAAUGUGUUUCAAAAUCUUUAAAGUGUUGUAUGUGACCUGUUAAUAAGGCCUGUGUGCAGAGACUACAGACCCAGCUUCAAAUAUGUGUUUGUUUAGAUUUAGAUUACCACGUACUGUUUGUGUGAUCUGAUGUCCAAACUGUCAGGCACCUUGUAAAAUAAAAUGAAAAAUACAUUGUAAAA